AUGCGGAAGGGAUUCUUUGGGGACGGGCCGCUGCCACAGAUGUCACCGGGCCUGGAAGAGCCCCGCUCCAGCCCGGGCUGUGGAUGUGUCCGGGCUGGAGUUCCCCGUUGUCCUCCCCCGGACGAGGCUUUCAGACUUCGGCGGCUGGUGGGCCGGCCAUGGUCUUGGGACAGUGCUAGGCACGGCGAAGGCGACACCUGUGUCUUCUUUGAUAUAAGGAUUGGAGACAAAGAUGUUGGCAGAAUUGUGAUUGGCCUCUUUGGAAAAGUUGUGCCCAAGACUGUGGAAAAUUUUGUUGCUCUAGCAACAGGAGAGAAAGGAUAUGGAUAUAAAGGAAGCAAUUUUCAUCGCGUCAUCAAGGACUUCAUGAUUCAAGGAGGGGACUUCACCGCUGGAGACGGCACUGGCGGUGUGAGCAUUUAUGGCGCAACAUUUCCAGAUGAGAACUUCAAGCUGAAGCACUAUGGCAUAGGGUGGGUCAGCAUGGCCAACGCUGGGCCUGACACCAAUGGCUCUCAGUUCUUUAUCACCUUGACCAAGCCCACUUGGUUGGAUGGCAAACAUGUGGUAUUUGGAAAAGUCAUUGAUGGGAUGACAGUGGUGCACUCCAUAGAGUUGCAACCUACCGAUGGGCACGACCGCCCACUCACCAACUGCUCAAUCGUCAACAGUGGCAAGAUAGAUGUGAAAACACCCUUUGUGGUUGAGGUCGCUGACUGGUGACAACUGACAGAAGACAACACUCUCUGGCGGGGGGGGUGUGUGUCCUCUGAUUCUUCAAAGUUAUUGUUUUGCUUUGCUUUUUUACUUUAAUUUUCUAUCCAGAUCACAGAAAAGUAAUAAUCAUUUGCAUGAAUUUUGGUAAAUCACCUGCUUAGGGACUUUGAACUUAAAAGACAUCCUUCCUACAAUGGUGCUAUUUUUAAACUAGAAAACUAUGUAUUGGCUAUUUUUUUUUUUUAAAGAAUAGUCUUUUU